AAGGAUAUAAAUAAUACCAGUAUUUCAGGAUGUUUUUCUUAAAUAUCGGUUCAGUAAACUAACUUAUAUUAACAGAUACAACUACAAACCUACUGUUCACAGAAUUCAGUUGCAGAAAAAAAAAGAAAUUAAUUGCAGCCACUAUACAGUACACAAAAUGUCCUCUUCAAACUCAGUAAAUUCCUUCGGGAAUGAUCUUGACAAGCAAACGCUGGCCGAACCAGCUUCUGAAUAUCCCACCAAUUUAUCCACAGUAAUAAGUCGGGUCACGAUUGGCGAUGAACGAGUACCAAAACUGGAAUUAAGACCACCAUUUGCAGGUACGUUCAAUCCGGGUUAUGCACGUCCUCCAAAACAUGUCUUUGGUAACGCUGCUGCUAUCGGACUUUCUGCAUUUGCCGGAACAACUUUUGUUCUUGGUUUAUACACGGCUGAUGCCAUGGGUAUAACUAUUCCCAGCGUUAUUAUUUCCAGUUGUAUGUUUUUCGGUGGUGGUGUUCAAUUCUUGAGUGGAUGUUGGGAAAUGGCUAUUGGGAACACAUUUGCAGGGACCGUAUUUACCAGUUACGGUGCAUUUUGGUUGUCUUAUGGAGCUUUAUUCAUUCCUUCAUUUGGAAUCCUUGAAGCUUACGAAGAUGACAUGGACCAGUUUGCCAAUGGGGUCGGGUUCGUUUUACUUGGAUGGGGUAUCUAUACUUUUAUUUUGUUAUUCCUUGUUCUUAAGGCUACAUAUCCAUUUUUGCUCUUGUUUAUUACAUUAGAUCUUGGGUUCUUUUUAUUGACAGCGGCACAAAUGACCGGUAGUUCCCGUUGUGCUAAAGGUGGAGGUAUUUCAUUGGUUAUUAGUGCUCUCUGUGGAUGGUACAGUUGUUUUGCCGGUAUUUCUACCGAGUACAAUAGUUAUGUUGUGAUUUCACCAAUGACAUUACCCCAGUUUAAGAAGUUAAAUUUCCAUCCUAAAUAAAUGCCAGCCGAAGCUUGAGACAUUUUUUUGUUUUUUUUUUGUUUCGCCGGGUUUAACAUUGUUUUAUAGUUUAAUAAAUUAAUUGCAUAACGA